AUGCUCCAGUCGACACUGAAUCUUCUGCGAUCCUUCGGGCGGGCGGGCGAAGCCUGGGUUCAGCGCGAGUUUCAACCCCGCAGACUUUUGUUUAAUGUCCUCUUCUACGGCUCACAUCUCUUUUUCUUCGCGUAUGGUUGGUACUCCCAGGCCACCAGCAAGAAGCUCGUUGGCCUGAACAUAAUUCUGCACUACUCCGUCUGGGUGUCCCGCGGGGCGGGCCUCGUCCUCGCCUACGAUGGUGGCCUUAUCCUCGUCCCCAUGUUGCGCAACAUCCUGCGUGUUAUCCGCCCUUCUCUAGGCUGGUUAAUGCCCCCCGACGAGAAUAUCUGGUUCCACAAGCAGGUUGCCUACUCUAUGGCAUUCUGGGCCAUGGUCCAUACAACCGGACACUAUGUCAACUUUAUCAACGUCGAAAUCUCCCAGGCUCGCAAGGAGACCGCCCACGAUAUUCACUUCAAACAGCCAGGCGGUAUCACUGGCCACUUCAUGCUCCUCAUCAUGCUCCUAAUGUACACCACCGCGCACCACAAGAUCAGAAAACAGUGUUUUGAGGCGUUUUGGUAUACCCACCACCUCGCUUUCUUCUUCAUGCUCGGUCUGUACACGCACGCGACGGGCUGUUUCGUCCGUGACACGGUCGAGCCCGACUUCAUCCCUUCAUUCCCCUUCUACUCGACCGAACACUGUCUCGGUUACAUGAGUUGGCGGUUCACUAUCUGGCCCGGCCUUCUCUAUUUCGGCGAGCGUAUCUGGAGGGAAAUUCGCGCGCGCAGGGCCACGCGUUUGUCGAAGGUCCUUGUUCAUCCGAGCGGCGCCAUGGAGCUACGCAUCACUAAGCCCAGCUUUAAGUACACCGCUGGCCAGUGGCUCUUCCUGCAGGUACCUGAGCUAUCUAGUUUCCAAUGGCACCCUUUCACAAUUACCUCAGCACCUGACGACCCAUACGUCUCCGUGCACAUCCGUCAGGCGGGCGAUUUUACACAACAGCUUGGUGAACGCCUUGGUGUCGGCCCGUCUGUCGUGGCUGCGAUGACGAAGGCUGCGAUGAAAGGGUCGGAGAAGGACGGCAACAACGCCCUCGGUCCUCGAGGAGAGUUCGUUGAGAUCGACCCGUCCGUAUCCAACCUCACUCUCCCCAAAGUGCGCAUCGACGGCCCGUACGGCGCUCCAGCGGAAGAUGUGUUUAAGAAUGAAGUCGCCAUCCUCGUCGGGGCAGGCAUUGGUGUAACGCCUUUCGCGUCCAUCCUUAAGCACAUCUGGUACAGCCAACGGAAAUGCAAGCUCGGUUCCCUUCGCCGUGUCGAAUUCUUCUGGAUCUGCAGGGACGCGCCGUCCUUUGGGUGGUUCCAAAGCCUCCUCUGGGCGAUCGAGUCAAGCCAGGCUGAUCCUAACUUCCUCCGGAUCCACGUCUACCUUACCCAAAAGAUAACGGAAGACAUCAUGUGGAAUAUCGCCGUCAAUGACGCGGGGGCUGAGUACGACCCGCUCACGCUCCUGCGCUCGCGCACCACCUUCGGACGUCCGGAUUGGAAGACUAUCUACACGAAGAUGCGGCUUGCGAUUGAGGCGGGGCAAUAUCUUCCUGGCGCUACGUCGCAGUUGAGGACUAAGGUUGGGACAUACUUUUGUGGACCUGGUCCUCUCGCGAAAGCUAUCAAAGACGCUUGCGACGAGAAUACAUGUGCCAAAAUUGAAUUUAGCUUUGCUAAGGAACACUUCUGA